CUUCAAAUGGUCAGUAGCCGAAAACAAUGCCUACAGAAACUGCCGACUUUUAGUUUUAAAAUCACCCAGCAAAUUGGCCUCAACUCCAUCCCACUUUCACAUGCUUCAAUUCUCAAAGAACUCAAAGAAUCAAAGCCCCUCCAACAAGUCCAUGCCCACAUAAUUACCUCUGGCCUUUCUAGCAACAUUUUUCUUUGCAACAGAUUAAUGAACUCGUAUGCUUCUUGCGGACUUAUAGAUUGUGCACAGGACAUAUUUUCUGGAACUAAAAAUAGGAAUUUGGUUUCUUGGACAAUUUUAAUAUCUGGGUUCACAAGAAAUGAUCUUCUCAUUGACGCAAUUAAGGCCUUCCAUGAGAUGAUUUUGAAUUAUGUGAAGCCUAAUGCAACUACAAUUUCGAGUAUUUUGCCCGCAUUUGCAAAACUGGGGCUGACACGGAUGGGCAAAUCAGUCCAUGGUUAUUGGAUUCGGCAGAGCUAUGGAAGGAAUGUGUUUGUCGAAACAGCUUUGGUUGAUAUGUAUAUGAAAAUCCGGUGCAUGAAUUUUGCUAGACAUAUAUUUGACAAUAUGCCUGAGAGAAAUCUUGUUUCAUGGAAUUCUGUGAUUUUGGGUUACUCCGAUAAUGGGUCUGGUGAAGAGGCAUUUAACCUUUUUAACUGUAUGAGAAGGAAAGGAUAUUCCAUUGAUGUGUUUACCAUAAUGAGCUUGAUUUCAGCUUCUUUAGGUGUAGGGGAUUUGAGUUUAGCAAGGGCGGUCCAUGCCUUGACAAUUAGAAUCGGGUAUGUCAGUGAUCGACUUGUCAUGAGUGCCUUCAUGGAUUUAUAUAUAAAGACUGAUGGUGUUGAUGAUGCUUAUUGUAUUUUUAAUGAGAUUUCAAAGAAGGAUAUAGUUGUUUGGACUGUAAUGUUAUCAGGGUUUUUGAGGAAAGGAAAAUGGAACAGGAGUAUAGAACAUUUCAACGAGAUGAUCGCAGCAGAAAAAUCAGCUUUAGAUGCUGUUUCUUUGGUAAGCAUCUUAGCAGGCUGCAGCAGUUCUGGAGCUCUUCAACAGGGUAGGCGGAUACAUGCAAUGGUGAUAAAAAUUGGUUAUCAAAGCGAUAUCUUUGUCGGAUCAGCUGUCAUAAACAUGUAUGCUAAUUGUGCAGAAAUUGGUGAUGCAGAAUGGUACUUUGGUUCUAUGAAAGAGAAGGAUGCGGCAUGCUGGAAUGCACUAAUUUCUGGUUAUAGCAUGAAUGGGUACGGUAAUGAUGCUAUUGAUCUCUUUUUGAAGAUGAAGGGUUCUGGCAUAAACCCUGAUGAGUGGACGUUAUUAUCAGUCUUGUGUGCAUGCAGUCACGCAGGGAUGGUUGAUCAAGGACUCCAUAUUUUUCACCAUAUGGCCGAGUUUUGGAACAUAGUUCCCAAUUCAAAGCACUAUGCUUGUGUUAUUGAUCUUCUUGGCCGUGCGGGACUGUUAGAUGAUGCUUACCGAAUGAUUUGCAACAUGCAUCUGCCCCCGACUGUUGAUGUUUAUGGUGCCAUGCUUAGUGCUUGUAGAGUUCAUAGAAACAUGGAUAUGGGAGUUGAGAUAGCGCAGAAGCUCUCUGCGCUGAAGCCUAGUGAUGUGGGGCACCAUAUAUUGCUCUCCAACAUGUACGUGUUGGCUGGAAAUUUGGAGGCUGUAAAGCUGACAAGGACAUCAUUACGAUUGACAAGACUAAAGAAGUAUCCAGGUUUUAGUUCAAUUGAGAUCGAUGGACAAAUAUACACAUUUAUGGCAAGUCAGAAAGAUCAUCCUCAAUACCAGCAUAUCAGUGGGUUCCUGAAGGGCAUAAUCUUGAAAAUUAAAUCAGAAGGUUAUGUUCCAGACAAAGAAUGUGUACUUCAGGAGGUUUCGGAUGAUAUGAGGGAGGAUAUUCUGUAUCACCACAGUGAGAAGUUGGCCAUUGCUCUUGGACUGUUGAAAACCAAACAAGGAACGGUCAUACGGAUAACCAAAAAUCUUCGCACUUGCAAUGAUUGUCACUCCGCAAGCAAGAUUAUCUCUAAAGUUUUUGGAAGAGCUCUAAUCAUAAAAGAUGCCAAUCGGUUCCAUGUUUUUGAAGAAGGAAUCUGUGCAUGCAAAGACUAUUGGUGAGCCUCCUGGCAGAGAAAUUACAUUAUAAGUUUAAGGUUCUGUAUCUCGAAUACCAAGUCAUGCACUUUUAUUUA